AUGCUGAGAAACGCCGUAUCAUCGCAAAAAGGUCUAAAACGUGAGCCUCGCGCCGCGUUCGAACUCGUAGACAGCUUCGAUUCGAGCCGCGCGAAAUUCGCCUGCGAUACCGUACCCGCGCCCGGUCCUCAGGGACCGUGCCCCAAUCAGGAUGUGAUCGACAUCCUGACGAAGCUCCAGGAGAUCCACAAGAUUCGGGCGGGCAUCGAUGACAAGUUCAAGGUGUUGAGUUACUCGAAGUCGCUGAGAAACAUUCGGGUCUACCCAUACCGCAUCCGCACUGCGAAAGAGGCGAUGAAGAUACCCGGUGUGGGGGCGAAGACCGCUGACAAGAUUAUGGAAAUUAUCAGGACAGGAACCCUCAGGCGGCUGAUGCACGAGUACACGCCAGACGUGGAUGUGCUAUGGCGUUUCAAGGGCAUCUAUGGUGUCGGUACGAAGACAGCCCAGGACUGGUACAACUGGGGCUGCCGCACGCUCGAUGACGUCGCAAAUGGGAAGGGCGGCGUUAAACUCAAUCCAGGCCAAAAAAUUGGGAUCAAGUACUAUGCUGGUACGUCUAGUUUGAGUCGGUGGACACACUUAGGAAGAACUCACCCUUCACCAGAUCUUCAGGAGCGCAUGCCGCGAGAAGAAGUGAAGGAACUAUACGACCUCAUAGUACCUUACGGUGCGCAUGAUUGCCAGCAACUGCAUUAA